AUGAAGAACACACUUCCAGCAUCCGCUGGCAUUACCACUCCCGGACUCAUCGGCUUCGUACUCUUCAUCAUCCUCUACUUCCCCAUCAUAUACUUUGUCCCAGCAUGGAAAGUGCAAAAGCUGCUCGAAGUCCAAGUCGUCGUCGCAACCGUCACUCUCCUCGGAAUCAUGGGCUGGGCCGUCCACGCCAACGGCGGCUCACCCGGCGACCUUGUUUCUCCAGCAAUCAAACUGACAAAAGCCGAAGCCGGAUUCCGCGUCGUCCAGGGCAUAACAAGCGUCGCAGGGACGUACACAGGCGGCACAGAUCGCGUGAGCGACUGGACACGCUACGGACGCAACCGCCACACAUCCACGCCCGCCAUCAUAUCGCUCGCCGUGACCGUGACCUUGACAGCGCUGGUUGGCAUCAUCUCGACAUCCGCGCUGGCGCAGCGAUACGGCAUGCUCGAAUGGAACCCGCUCAUCAUGCUCCAGUGGAUCCAACUGCACUACUACACGCCCGCGUGCCGCGCCGGCACGUUCUUCGCAGGUCUCGGCCUCCUGAGCGUCACCGUCUUCGUCAACUACACGCAAAACUGCGUCUCCAGCGGCAUGGACGUCGCGAUGCUCGUUCCACGAUAUAUAACGCAGCGCCGCGGAGCAAUCAUAUUCAGCAUUCUCGGCGUGCUGGCAAAUCCCUGGCGUUUCCUGACACAGGCGUCGACAUUCAUCACCGUGCUGAGUAGUUUCGGUGUAUUCAUGGCGCCCGCCGCAGCCGUCCUGGUCGUAGAUUUCUGGAUCGUGAGGAAGACGAAGUGGAAUAUUCCCGAACUGUACACGCCGCAUGGAAUAUACUGGUUUACAGGUGGUGUGAACUGGCGUGCCAUGGUGGCUUAUAUGAUGGGCAUGUGGCCUGCGCUUCCGGGCUUCAUUGCGGAGGUCUCUGGGCCAGACGGUAUCCAUGUUGAUAUUGUGUGGAGGCGGUUCUAUCAGAUUAGUUUCUUCUUUGGAUUCGCGACGAGCGCGGUGUUGUUCUACAUCUUCAACAAGAUCGCGCCGCCGCCGGGGCUGGGUGUGCAGGUUGACUUUGAUAUCGAUGGAAUGCAUAUCGUUCAUGGUGCAGCAGCGGACAGUACUGGGAGUUUGGAAAAGGGUGCCGACGUUGAUGUACAGAAGGUUGGACAGGCGAGCUUUUGA